GGGUGGUACUUUUCGCGUUAGGUCGGCGUUUGGUUCGCGGUCGUAAAAUCCCCAUCUCUUUAUCCGAUACCGGGAGGGAGUGGAAGCGAAUCGCGGAAUCGACCGUCCACGUGGCGAGCCGUGGUUGGCCGGAGUGGUCAGUAAUCUGCCCUUUCUGCGUGUGCGAUCUCGUCGCCGUAUGUAAGUUCCAGCCAAUGGGCGGCUGCCACGCAGGGAGUCGAGGGACGAAAGGAGUCCGCAUACAUUGAAUUGUACGGGUGGGGAUGAUCGGGCGGCAGCCGUUGAUUCGAAGAUUCCAGACGCCGCCGGCGAAAAACCCGCGGCCGGGGAAGAAGAAGGCGCUGCCCGAUCUGCAGAAGGAGGUGAGAUCUCUGGUCGAAGAGAACGAGAUGCUUCGGAAGGAGGCUGAGGAUUUGCACAGAGCCUGCGCCGCAGCGUCGGCAGAGAACCGUACGCUACAGCUGAGGUUAGACCAGCGGAACACACCGAUCAGAAGCGAUUCGCCAGCGCCCCGAGCGAAGCAGGAGCCGGAUGCUCCGCCCCGCGCUGCUCCGCCCCCUCUCGUACAAUGCGACGACGGCGAAGGAGGCGGCUUCAGAAUACCUGAUCUCAAUCUCCCCGCAUCCGACGAUCUCUAACCGACGCUGCUGCGAUCCGUCGCUGACCCUUUUCUGAUCCUUACGAAGUAAAAAAAAAAAAGAAAAAAACAAACGAAAUAACCCCAACAUCCAAGUGUACAUAGAAAAAAGGCGGGCCGCGGAGAUCAUCAAAGAGCAAUGAAUGUUGUUGCAGUUGCUGCUGUUGUUUAACAAAAAUUAAAAAGAAAACGGAGAAAAUCAAGGACGGCUCUGAAUCGUUGAUAUUCUGAUUAACGCUUAAUUAGUCAUUUACUAAUAGUUGUAUUUGUGCAUCUUAUCCCAUGCUCAAUUCUUUAACCUGGGCGCAUGAAUUGUAAUUAUUUUUUAUCGUUGACACGGAUUCGUUAGCAUGAUGUGGGAUUGUUAUUAAUUAAAUGAAAAAUAGAUGAGUGUGUAGGCUGGCUCUAUUAAUUUCAA